UCGGGAUCGGGAUCGGGACCGGGAUCGGGAUCGGGACUGGCACCGGGACCGGGAUCGGCACCCGGCUGGGUGGGGAGCCAGGAGCUCCCCGGGACUGGAGCCGGGAUAUCCCCGCCGCCCUCGGCCCGGGAGCCGCACGGUGAGGCCUGAGGGGCCCAGCCGGGCGGGCCGGGCCAGGCGCGGGCUCGGGCGGGGUUCGUGUCCCCGGGCAGCGGCUGGAGGCAGCCGGGAGCGCCCCGUGGGCCCCUCCGUGCCCGGCCGCCGCUCCCGGAGCCGCCCGGGACCGCAGAGGAGAGCGGCGGAACCGGCCCCGGGCUGCCCGGUGCCCGUGCCCUGCCGGAGCCGCAGCCCGGCCCAGCCGGGUUCCGAUCCCGAGCAGGUGCGCUUCACCCCCGUGGGCUUUGAACACCCCUCUGGGUUUUGUCAGAACCGCUCCCGCCGGGAUCCGGAGCCGCGGGAAGCACUGCCGCAACCGCGGCCUCCGGAGCAGCACCGGGCAGGAGGGAUGGCCGGGAGCGCCCGCGGGAACAAACAGCAUUUCCAAAAUCCUGCCGCGGUCCUUUGGCAUCCUGGUUAGAAGGGCUUUUAAAACGUGUCUGGAGCGUCUCACGGCGGGCUGGAGAGGCCAGACCCUGCUGGGACGCAGGCUGGAGCAGCACCCUGAGCUGCCGGCCGUGGCGGGGGUGUUGUGGCGAGCGGCUGCUGCCACCGGCUGGUCCCUGCCCUGCACUGCCGCUCCCGUCCUCCUUCACCAGCCUCUGCCCCGUCCCUGCCCGCGUCCCGCUCUCAGCGCCGCUUCCAAACUGUGAUUCACAGCUGAGAGCCGAGGGAAGCGCAGAACACAGAGAGGAAAGCGUCUUUAAUUCAGACUUCGCGUCUUUUCCUGCUGGAAUGUUUUCAACGCCCUUCUCCCUCUCCUUUUUGUGUUCGUGCAGGUGCUCUUUCCCACAGGAUUUUUGGGGCUGAGCCAUUCCCGACGCUGCCUUCUGGAUCCAAACGGGGCUUGUGGGCUGCAGCUCUUUUGAAGGCUUUGCUCUGUCACAAGGUUUCCCAAAGUGGAAGGAGAAUUCCCCUGGCACCGGCGAUCUCCUGAGGCAGUUGCUGGGUGUGGGAUGGAGCUGUGGAGCAGGGCAGACCCCCAGCUCCGAGAGGUCGUGUGCUUUGCCCUGCGCUGCCGGGCCCUGGCGCUGCUGCUGCAGGCCGUGUUUAACCUGCUGAUCCCGGACCACGCCGCCGACGCCUUCUCCCCGCCGCGCUCGGGCCCGCGGGGCCCGUGGGACGCGCUGGUGGAGCGGCUGCUGGGCGGGCUGGGCCGCUGGGACGCCGAGCACUUCCUCUUCAUCGCCGAGCGCGGCUACCUGCUGGAGCACAACUGCGCCUUCCUGCCGCUCUUCCCGCUGGCGCUGCGGCUGCUGGCCGCGCUGCUGCCGUGGCCGCUGCAGCUGCAGCCCCGCAGCCGGCUGCUGCUGGCGGCCGCGCUGCUGAACGCGCUGCUGUCGGCGCUGGCGGCCGCGGCGCUGCUGGCGCUGGGCCGGGCCGUGCUGCGCCGGCCUCGCCAGGCCUUCGUGGCUGCGCUGCUCUUCUCCGUCAGCCCGGCCGGCGUCUUCAUGGCCGCGGCCUACUCGGAGAGCGCCUUCGCCCUGCUGGCCUUCAGCGCCAUGUGGCAGCUGGAGAAGGGGCACGGCCGGCUCAGCGGGCUGCUCUUCGGGCUGGCGGCCGGGGCGCGGGCCAACGGGCUGCUCAACGCCGGCUUCUUCCUCUACGCGCGCGGCAGGCGCUUCGCGCUGCAGCUGCAGGGCACGGCGGCGUCCCCCUGCAAGCUGCCCUGCUUGUGGAAGCGAGCGCUCGGCCUGGUGACUUCGGCAGUGCUGACGUGUGCCGGGAUUUGCCUGCCUUUUGCCUUGUUUCAGUACUACGCCUACCUGAGGUUCUGCCAGCCUGGCACGGGUCUGGGCCAGAGCGUUCCCGAGCCGCUGCUGCAGCUGGCACGGGACAAGGGCUAUCGUGUGGCAGGCGUGGGUGCAGCCAGGCCCCCCUGGUGCUCCCAGCGCUUCCCUCUGGUCUAUUCCUACAUCCAAGACACGUACUGGAACGUGGGCUUCCUGAGGUACUUUGAGUUCAGACAGGUCCCAAAUUUCCUGCUUGCUCUGCCUGUCACCCUUCUGGGCUCAUGGGCUGCCUGGACCUACGUCAGCACAAACCCCCGGCACUGCCUGACUCUUGGGCUGGAGAGGAGCAAGGGUGACGAGAGGGGAAAGCCAAGAGAUGGAUUUUGUGGCCCUGCUGCCUUCGUGUACGUGGUCCACAGCACGGCCCUGCUGGUGUUCGGGUUCUUCUGCAUGCACGUGCAGGUGCUGACCCGCUUCCUUGGCUCCUCCUCUCCCAUCCUGUACUGGUUCGCAGCUCACCUGCUUCAGGAACAUGAACCUUUACUCUGGAGCACAGGGACUGACAAUCCAACCUCUGGGGAGCCUGUUCCGGGUAAAUCUCACAGUUCCUGUGGGAAGGGGACCUCGGACAACCCCGUGGUGAGGCUGCUGCUGAACUGGCGAUCGAUUACCCCCCUCAGCAAGAGCAUCCUGGGCUUCUUCCUGGGCUACUGGCUGCUGGGGCUGAUCCUGCACUGCAACUUCCUCCCGUGGACGUAGCGGGCUGUGCUGGCACGGGCCAGCCGUGGGGCAGGAGCUCUGCUCAGAACUGAAACUCGCCGCUCCGAAAUCCUGAGGUGGCUGUGGUGACGCCGCAGUGACAAAGGUGUCACUCCUCCCUUACCGUGUCCCGGGCGGGAUGUUCUCUGUGGUGUGAUGCUGCAGCAUCCCGCCCCGCUGGCUGGCAUUGCUGACGGCCAAAAUCCCCAUCCCCUGCCUGGGGUGGGGAAUGCACCUGGGUUCCUGCAUCUCCUACGGCAGGCGCGGGUUGGUGGCAGGAUGCUGCGAUGGAUUUGGGCAUUCCCUGGGAUGUGCUGUGGGCACGGCGGGAGGGUCCAGCUGCCCUGAGCCGUUCAGACCGUUCCGGUUCCUUUUCCACGGUCCCGAUCCCAGGCUCCGAGCCGGGCUGGGCAGGGGGCACGGCGGGGGUGGCGGGCGCUGCGUGGGCACAUGCACCGCCCCAAUAAACACCUGAAAGUAA